CCGACAAUCCGUUCCCGUUCACACUGAAGAUGGCGGCUGCAGGAGCCGGGUCUCCGGGCCGGCUGGUCCAGUACGUGGUGGUCCGCUCGGAUCUGGUCCACAAGCUGUCGUGGCCGCUGGGAGCCGUGAUCACUCAGGCCUGCCACGCCGCUACCGCCGCCAUCCACCUGCACUACGGAGACCCGGACACUCAGCGGUACCUGGCCGAGCUGGACUCCAUGCACAAAGUGGUGCUGGGGGCUCCAGAUGAAGCUGCUCUGUCCAGCCUGUCAGAGAGUCUGACCCAGGCUGGGGUCUCCCACAAACUUUGGAUCGAACAACCAGAGAACAUCCCCACAUGCUUGGCUCUAAAACCGUAUCCAAAAGAGACUGUCCAGCCACUGAUGCGCAAGUUCAAACUCUUCAAAUGACUGGUGCUGCUGCCUUGCCAAGAUGUUGCCGUUUAUUUUUUUUAAAUUCGUUUACUUUGGUUUACAAUCUGAAUCGUGUGCAUAUCAGCAAUUGUCUGUGGAUGCAACAUAACAGCUGAAAAAAAUGUUUUUCAAUUUUAAUUUGUUCAGGUGCAAAAUACAAAAGAGCAUGAGCCGUAUUAACGUGAACAUCAUAUGUGAUGUAAAAGCAAAAUGCGCCCUGGGUGGCACCAGCUACGAACUGAUCUACAACUGUAGCAGCAAAAGGCCCAAAUCAGAAUUCUCUGCUGGUCUUGUUUACAUAAAUAAACUGCAGUGUAAAUGAAGUUCGUGUGAUCACACCGACAGUCGUCUGUUUCAGUAUGAACAACAUCUGCCUCGUCCUGUUGUGUGACAAGUUGUUUUACAUGAGGGUUUCCACUGUGUCAGUAUUUCCAUUUCUGCACUGCACUAUAAAUGGAGUUCCUAGAUGACGUAGCUCCUGCAGAGUUCAUGUGUCAGUGUACACGACAAAACCUCGAAACAUUGCAUGCAAGGUUUGGACCAGUUAAUAUUCACUUGUAAUUUCUUUUAAAAAUCCUAACAGCUGCUUAAACUUUCAGUAAAACAGAAAUACUGCUGCCCAGUGUCACUGCUUGUUCAGCAGAGCAACCACAGGAAGAAGAAGUUUUCAGUACCAACCUUCAAGUACUUAAAGAGCUGGAACUCUAAAGGGCAGAUUUGUGUUUUACAAGCGAUUACUCUGUUUGUAGAUGUUUAAGAGGCUUUUUACUGCAAAAUCUGGAUCGUUUAAAGAGUCUGAAAUGCAAAAAUCUCUAAAUGUCUUGAUUGUAUUGUAGUUCAGAUGAUCACAGGUCACAACCAUCAUGGCUCUCAGUAGAUGAGCCUGAUAUUCUCACAUGUACAGAUAUGAAACUGGUGAAGAAGAUGCUUGAUUUUCAAAUGACAUUUAAGCUGCAAUUUGAGUUCAUUUGCAGGCAUUUCAGCACCUACUGGGCAGGAAAACAUACAUUUCUCUGUCUGGCUAUGAUAUUUUUUUCACUGAAGUGGUGACAUUCAUUUAAAGAUACAUUAAAGUCGUAAAAAUGGGUCACAUAGCUGACCUGUCAGACACAA